AUGGCAGGCGCACCACAUCGUACAGUGAUGUCUUCUCCUCAGUGGACAUCUACCCCGAGAGAUUUUCCCACUUCUGGCUUUAAUUUGCUCGAUCCGUCUCUGGGGAUCGAAGAGGAGACUCUUCCAACAUAUCUUCCCGAAAAAUACUACCCUGUCCGACAAGGGGAGGUGCUGAACGAAAGAUACCAAAUCCUUGCCAAGUUGGGCUAUGGGGUUACAUCUACUGUUUGGUUUGGCCGAGACUUAAUCGAUUCCAAAUAUGUUGCUUUAAAGAUCUAUGUGGUAGGCCAAGAUAGGGACCAUGAGCUUGACAUAUAUGAACGUUUAAACUCAGUCGAAUCCAACCACCCGGGUAAAAGGUUCAUUCGCAAGCUCUUCGACCAUUUUUAUGUCACUGGUCCUCACGGUCGCCACAUCUGCCUUGUUCAUGAGCCUCUAGGAAUAAGUGCAAGUGAGCUAUUAAAAUGGGUUCCUGGACAAGCAAUGUCUCUCGAGGACCUAAAACCCUGCAUCAGACAACUGCUCGUUGCCUUGGAUUUCCUGCAUUCGGUGGCCCGUAUAGUCCAUACAGGUAUUCCAUUGCCCUUCCCAAUAUCUGGAAUCCAGAACGGUAGCGCUAACACCCAAAGAGAUAUUCAACUAAACAACUUGCUUCUUCCUACGCCUCAAAACAAUGCUCUUGUUGAUUUUGAAGAAAAGGAAAUUCAGACACAGUCGCCCAGGAAGGUGCUGAAAGAACGCACAAUAUAUGCCUCUUCACGUUUUCCUCCAGGCGACGGGCUGCCUCUUCUGAGUGACUUCGGUGAAGCUCGAUUUGGCGAUGAGGAGCACCAUGAAGAUAUUAUGCCGAACCCUUACAGAGCCCCCGAAGUCAUCUUGAGGUCCAGCUGGGACUACAAGGUGGAUAUUUGGAACGUUGGCAUGGUUGCCUGGGAUAUUGUCAGCCCUAAUAGACUCAUCAAUGGCAAAAACCCAGAUGGUAUAUUUGAUGACCGGUCUCAUCUUGCGGAGCUAGUUGCAUUACUGGGCUCGCCGCCACCUGAAUUUUGCGAACGGAGCCAUCUUAGCUCUGUCUUCUGGGAUGAGUUUGGUAACUGGAAAGACUUGGCCCCGAUUCCCAAUACAAGUCUCGAGACCUUAGCCGCACACAUUAAGGGAGAAGACAAGACGGGGUUCCUGCGUUGGCUACGGAUGGCCUUUCAAUGGAACCCCGAGGAUCGCCCCACGGCUCUAGACCUCCUGUAUGAUGAGUGGUUGAUGAAUGGAUUGAACCUGGGAGAAAAUAAAGAAAGAGGGGGGGUCUAA